AGUAAUUUUCACCGGCAUUUCUCUUUUGUUAACAUAAUUGACUUUAGCCUGUUUUCGUUGACCAAACAUCCCCCCCCCCCCCCACACACACACACACACACUCCCGGGAAUGCAGAAUUGUUACAAUUAUUAUAUUUCAGCAGUUAGUUACGCAACAAAUUUGCACAAAAUUCUGUAGACCGGGUUGGUCAUGGACUGAAUUUUGCCCCUCCAGAAAAAUAAUUAAAUGUUAAUUGUAUUGCUUCCUAAUCCAUUCGAUUCCUCAACAUUACACACCCAACGAGUGCAAUCUUGCCAACUUUCAAACGAAUGGCAAGGAAAACAUAACUAAGCGAAGAUCGUCCUUCAACUUUGCUGUAGACGUCUUCUGCGUAACGUGUCGCUUAUCAACUUUUGUGUGCAGAGACACCGCAAUACAGGCAGGCAAACAAGUAAUUGCAUCUGGCCGCCGGGGUGAAGGGGCGAAGGCUAACUUUGGCCCAAUCAAUAACAGAACAAUCGCCCUACUUUAUCCAUCCAUCCAUGAUCUGAGCUGCUUAUCCUCACGAGGGUCACGGGAGUGCUGGAGCCCAUCCCUGCUAUCUUCAGGCAGGAAGUGCAGUACACCCUGAACUAGUCGCCAGCCAAUCGCAGGGCACAUAGAAACAAAUAACCAUUCGCACUCGCAAGGUGGAAACCACAGUGGCCGGAGAAAACCCACGCAGGCACGGGGUGAACAUGCAAACUCCACACUAGCGGGGCCGAGAUUGAACCCGUGACCUCAGAACUGUGAGGCAGACGCGCCGCCGCACUUCUUUAGACAUUGGAAAAAUAACAUGGUGCGAAUCCCCCACAUAGGGCCUUGAUACUAUUUGUCGAUGUGUAGGGUCUAGUCGGGGUCCCUGAGAGAUGUCUGCUAUUAUUCCACCAUGCCACUGAACAAGUAGAAACCUCUGUGGUACACGGCCCAAUUCCGCAAUGUCUCUAAUGGGGUCCCCCCCUACGAGUAGCUUGUUCGUAGUAACUUACAAUUCAUUUUAUAUGUCUAUUAUUUCAUGAAAAGAUUUCUUUUCCACCAUUAUGUUUUUGUCAUUGUUGUUUGUUUGUUGUAUUGGUUGCCUCCAUGCCCAUUCUUGCCAAAGCCCACAGGAGGUCUAGAAACACCCCUCGAUGUGACCUAAUAUGGCCAAGGUCUGAGGUUGAAGACUGAACCGGCUGGUUAGGUAACAACCGGAUCUUUUUUUACACAUAUUGCUAACUUAUUUUUAAAACUGCCCAUGGAGUGCAUGCUGCUGCAUUUCAUGGAGGCAGUCCAGAUUUGAUUUGUGGAUUUAAAAGAAGGAAAGUUUUGCCAGGUCUUGCAUUCCAUGCAAAAAAAGACUUUAACACAUUAAUUUUCACUAUGCUUCUUUUGCGGGCAAAGUUACAGUUCUGGCUUAUAAAAUGCUUUUGGGAUGGUUUGUUUGAGCUGAAUACACGUGCUGAUGGGUAAUCUGUUUUUGUUUUACUAAACUAGACUUAAACCUAGUUUAAAGCUAGCUAGCAGCCAAAGAGCAGAAGGGAGGGGACGAAAGUUUGACUCUAUUGUGGUGAUUGUUAAGUUGACGGCGCAUAUUUUGCCUUUCUGUCUUUCGUCUCUAUUGAAUUACCUGUUUUGUUUAUUCCUUAAAUUUCAUUUCUAUGAAAUGGGGAGCGACACAGAAGAGUGCGCAUGCUCAUUCUGUUGACGGACCACAUGCACACAAGACCCUGCUCUGGGUUAUCUGUGCAAAACACUGCAGAGAAUAAGUCAUUUGAAAAGCUGUUAAGAAAUCAGUGUGCGUUGAUUAACAUUGAUCACACUAAUAUGAUCCAUGUGUGAUUUACAGUAAAUCAACAUUUUUGCACUAGCGCCACUGAAUUUUUGAUGCAUGUCACAGUACGAUGAGGCUGCACAUUUAUAAGACGGACAGUAUUGUAAAUUAAAUCUCUCUCCGACAGCGUCAUUAAUAAUUGAGAACUGUCCUCUGUAUUUUCUGUCACAAAAUACUCCGGUCUAAUGGAGAUCUCGGACUAUUUUGCAGUUGGAGUACAUUUAUGAUCUCAUUCAAUUGUGAAACAGUGUUUUGUAAGUUGCUAAAACUCAACGUAUUAAUGGACAGACAGACAUCAGCAGAGCAAACAAAACACCCAUUAUUAUUAUUACUACUAUAUGUGUGUGUGUGUGUGUGUGUGUGUGUGUGUGUGUGUGUGUGUGUGUGUGUGUGUGUGUGUGUGAGAGAAUCACACACACUUCCUUGUUUAGAAGCUGGAGCUCUUCCUUGAAACUGUGUCUGGGUGGUUGUAAACAGUCAUUAAACAGUGACAAGGAAUGUAACCAAGGGAAAAUAAAGUCAUAUAAUCUUUGUAUGCCCUUUACAGUAAAGUACUCCCGUUUGUUUGCUUUUCGACAUCAACCUGGUUCAUGAUGUAUCCCUGCCUUCCUUUACAGUUGAGGUACUGUACAAGCCAUCACCACAUGCAAUUGUUGUAUUUUGUCUAGUUUUAGCAUCCGCUUUUGGUCACGUUACUUUAUUUAGCAUUUGAAUUUUCCGAGUUCCACCUGAGGGUUAUUUUCCCGGGAAGAUUAAGCUUUCAUUACGACUCUUUUGAAAUGCUUCCAAACUUUCACUUUCAAUUCAGAUAACUUAUUUACUUACUGCGACUGUUUUUUUUUUUCUACAGUUUGAAUUUAUGAUCCAAAAGCCAUCAUGUGAAACCACUUGGUGAAUUUUACCCAUUUGCGCCGCUAAGGAAGUGGAAGCCAAGCUGCUAGGAAAAGAGAACCAAAUUUCAGUGACUCUCGACAGAUGAUUUGGAGGAGGUUGAAAUAUUUCACUGGGGUAUUUCUGACUUUGCAUAUGAUUGUGAUCUGUUGCGUAGUAAACCAUAAACAUAUGUGGGCCUCUAAAUGUGAAGAUAAAACGUGGGCCGCUUCCAUGAAUUUCAAAGGCUUACGAGAAGCAGUGCAGCUGUUUAAAAAGUCUGGCAGAGUGAUUAAAAACCCGUCACCAAUUUAAUUGCCGUCCUUUAAUGCCACCAAGUUGUGCAAGAAUCCUGCCUUGUCCCUUUUCUCCCCUCAUUAGUUCAGUACACCGUAAUUACAUAGAAAUAGCCUGCACACAACAUUAUAUACACUUUCACACCCAAAUAAGCUCUAAUUAAGAGUUGUUUCUCUAAUUGUGCCAUUGAGAAGUUUAAUUUAAGUUUAACUGUUAGCUGACACUAGAGUUCUUUACUCGCAGAAAAAUAUGAUGUACCCGUUUACAAACAGUGUUUGGAGCUGUGCGGCCCACGCAGCAACAUUCCACAAAGUACAGUGAAGUUGACCACACUGAUCCUGUCCAUCCAUCACUGUUGUAGCGAGCUUGGGAUGGAUGCCAUUUAGUUGUCCAUGAAAAUGUAAUUGUUCCGUAAAAGGUUCUCAGAGUGAAACAGAAAGUUGAAUCCGGUGUUCAUUGGAACAUCUGCCUUCCCUUACAGGAAAUGCAUGAAGUACAACGAAGCAGAGGACAUUAUCCUGCUGCGAUUGUGCUGACAAGUCCAUGGUGUACACUCGUCCAAAGUCAGCUGGGAUUUAUAUCCAGUUGCCUGCUGCCCUUCUCACGAGGACAAACACAAUAGAAAAUGGACUGAUGGAUGAAUGUCCAUUUUCUUCACUGUAACUAUAUUAGGGUUCAGAGUCUAGCAACCCCUCUAUAGUGCAGAUUUUCAUGGAUUUUGACAGUCUACAGCAAGUCCGAACUCAGAGUUCAGCGGAGUACCUUGUUGUGCCAGGCAGCACCCAGGUCUACUGGAAGAGAUGCAGUGUAAUCAAGAGCAAAAAGAAGAAGCAGAAAAGGUCCCUUGCAAAUAAAAGUCACAGAGGAGAGAUAAUGCAUGCCUUAAACUUCAACUGGGCCUGACAACUAUAAAGCUUGAAGCCAGUAAUUGCUUUGCUUCCUUUUUGAAGAACUGCGCAAGUGAAGCCGCUUAUCCUCAUGAGGGUUGCGGGGAGUGCUGGAGGCUAUCCCAACUGUCAACGAGCAGGAGGCAGGGUUACACCCUGAACUGGUUGCCACCCAAUCGAAGGCACAUUGAGACAAACAACUGUCAAUCACACCUAGGGGCAAUUUGGAGUGAAACCGCAGUGCCUGGAGAAAACCCACACAGGCACGGGGAGAACAUGCAAACUCCACACAGGUGGGUCGGGGAUUGAUUGGGACCUCAGAACUAUGAGGCCAACGCUUUCCAGCUGACCCACCGUGCCGCCAAAUUUGAUUUUAUAUUCAGUAACUUUUUAACAUGGUUGCUCUACUCUUUAUUGUGGGUGGUUCUGGAAGGUAUCCUCCAUGAUUCGACAGGAUUCACGAGUACAUGUGUCCAAGUCCACCGUGGUUUUUGGUGGCUCCAAAAUGGACGCGGCCUCCGUGCAACUAAAGCUCCUCCUGCACAGGUGAAACAAAGCAGCUGGCGCAGCACCGUGCGCCUGUUGUGUACUCUCACCCCGGGCCAAUGGUGGGAAGAAGAAGCAAUGAGAACCACAAUGUGAGAGGGGAGUAUACUGGUUUAGUGUGGGAGCAGAAAAAGGGAAAAUACAAUAUGCUUUUAAAAAAUACAGUACAAGAAAAAAGUCCUCCAGUAAAACAACUUUUAGACUCGCAAAAGCAUUUCAACUUUCUUGCGCCCACGCAUUGACCAAUGUUAUAAUUUCAAUCUAUUAUAAUGAGCACGCUAUGACUGCCAGCAUGAUUUUCCUUCUUGUAUGCAGCAAUUUUUUUUUCACGCAAUAACUGGUGAGGCACCAGGUAGGCUACAUACUAAAAUCUGCAGUACUGUAGAAUCUCUCACAUUUGGUAAAUUUCAAUUUACCAAUGAUUUACUGACAAGAAAUGACAAUGUGACAAUUGUGACUGCUGUUUUUUUUUUUUAUUUUUUUCCAGGAAGUGUUGGACAUUUUUCUGCACAGCCACUUGUUGCUUGGCAGAAUACACAAUCGCUGUUUCCGUGGCAACGUGGGGAGGAAGCAGUGUGUUUGUAUGCGGGCAGCGACUGGCACGCUCGUCACUUUCCACCUGACGUCGACUCCGAAAGACAAUUAAACACUGUGCAGCAGGUUCACGCCGUCGCUUUUCCACAUCGCACCAAAAAGAAAAAGCUAAAGAAACAAAGAAGCAAGGACUUUUGUUUUCGUUUUUGUUUUGAGCGGACGCAACUUGUCGGUUAAGUUGAGGCUCGGGUGGGUCGUUGUUGUGCUCGGGGCCAUGGCUGACAGCGCGGCGGCGAACAGCGACGGCGAGGACGGACCCCGGCAGCCCAUGAGGGGCUUCGCCCGUCAAGGAGCCCUCCGUCAGAAGAACGUCCACGAGGUGAAGGACCACAAAUUCAUCGCGCGCUUCUUCAAGCAGCCCACCUUCUGCAGCCACUGCACGGACUUCAUCUGGGGUUUUGGCAAGCAGGGAUUCCAAUGUCAAGUGUGCUGUUUUGUGGUGCACAAACGUUGCCACGAGUUUGUUACUUUCUCCUGCCCAGGAGCCGAUAAAGGUCCAGCUUCAGAUGAUCCGAGGGCAAAGCACAAGUUUAAGAUCCACACCUACUCCAGUCCAACUUUCUGUGACCAUUGCGGCUCUCUGCUGUAUGGCCUCAUACACCAGGGCAUGAGAUGUGACCACUGUAUGAUGAACAUACAUAAGCGCUGUGUGGCCAAUGUGCCGAGUCUGUGCGGAACAGACCACACUGAGAGGAGAGGUCGUAUUUACAUCACUGCUGAGAUCAAGACUAACGUGCUCACCGUUACCAUCAAAGAGGCCAGGAAUCUUGUCCCAAUGGAUCCCAACGGUCUUUCAGACCCAUAUGUGAAGCUUAAACUGAUCCCAGACCCUCGCAGCGAAAGUAAACAGAAGACCAAGACCAUUAAGUGCUGUCUCAACCCCGUCUGGAAUGAGACCUUUAAAUUCCACCUGAAGGAGUGCGAUAAGGACCGCCGUCUUUCUGUGGAGGCGUGGGAUUGGGACCUGACCAGCCGCAACGACUUCAUGGGAUCGCUGUCCUUUGGCAUCUCCGAGCUGCAAAAGCAGGGAGUGGACGGAUGGUUUAAGAUGCUCUCCCAGGAGGAAGGCGAGUACUUCAACGUUCCCGUUCCGCCGGAGGGGGAAGAGGGCAACGAGGAGCUGAGGCAGAAGUUUGAGAGGGCUAAGAUUGGGCCGAGUAAGAACACUGAAGGCAAAUCUGCCAACGCCGCCCGCUUCGACUCCAACGGCAACCAAGAUCGCAUGAAGCUGUCUGAUUUCAACUUCCUCAUGGUGCUUGGAAAGGGCAGCUUCGGCAAGGUGAUGCUUGCAGAGCGCAAAGGGACGGAAGAUCUGUACGCAAUUAAGAUCCUGAAGAAGGACGUGGUGAUCCAGGAUGAUGACGUGGAGUGCACCAUGGUGGAGAAGAGGGUCUUAGCGCUAUCGGGAAAGCCACCUUUCUUGACACAGUUGCACUCCACAUUCCAGACAAUGGACCGCUUGUACUUUGUCAUGGAGUACAUCAAUGGUGGAGAUCUCAUGUAUCAGAUUCAGCAGGUCGGCAAGUUCAAGGAGCCCCAUGCUGUAUUCUACGCGGCAGAGAUUGCCAUCGGGUUGUUCUUCCUGCAUCAAAAGGGCAUCAUCUACAGAGACCUCAAACUGGAUAAUGUGAUGCUGGACUGCGAGGGCCACAUUAAAAUAGCUGACUUUGGCAUGUGUAAAGAGAAUAUGAAUGAUGGCGUGACCACCAAGACCUUCUGUGGAACACCUGACUACAUAGCCCCAGAGAUCAUUGCUUACCAGCCUUAUGGGAAAUCUGUGGACUGGUGGGCCUUUGGAGUUCUGCUCUAUGAAAUGCUGGCUGGACAGCCACCAUUCGAUGGUGAGGAUGAGGAUGAGUUAUUUCAGUCCAUCAUGGAGCAGCAUGUCUCCUAUCCCAAGUCAAUGUCCAAGGAGGCUGUGGCUAUCUGUAAAGGGUUGAUGACCAAGCAUCCAGCCAAGCGACUAGGCUGCGCUCCGGAAGGGGAGCGAGACAUCAGGGACCACAGCUUCUUCCGCUACAUGGACUGGGAGAAAUUGGAGAACAAGGAGGUGCAGCCGCCGUUCAAACCCAAAGCUUGUGGACGGGACGCUGAGAACUUUGACCGUUUUUUCACGCGCCACCCGCCGGUGCUGACCCCUCCCGACGAGGAAGUGAUUCAGAACCUGGACCAAGACGAGUUCCAAGGAUUCUCUUUUAUCAACCCAGAGUUCCCUGGAAGCGCUCCAACUGUUCCUGCUGCAGAGCAGGCUUGAUUGAAGCUCGAUUAUGAACAUUGGGGGACACACACACACACAGUACACAUAUGGGUCUCAGCAACCCUGUGCAACGUUCAACAAAAUAUUCAAACCCAGAAAUACUUAAUAUCAAGUCAUGUAUUAUCAAACACAAAUGAACGCAAUUUUCUUCACCCUGCAGCAACUACCCCCUUCUGAUAGUGGAAAUGGAGGUAAUGAGCGUUUUACGCAUGAUGGCAGAUAACAUUUAUGAAAACUAAUCUGAACUAUUUUGGCCAUUGGUCUAUUUGGACAAUAACGUUGAUGGAGGUUUUAAUCAAAGCCAUUGGCAUUUUGGUGCAAACAAAGGGUGCACCUUCGUGAUCAAAGUACGUCACACACCCCCCAAGAAAAAACAUGGCCCACAGGAGCAAUGAUGAAGGAAAGUGUACAAAGUGUGUGUAUGAAGUACACUUCUACAAUGAUCCCAUCAGAUAAGUACCAAGCCACGAAUAGUGAAAAAAAGGUGUGAUUGUGAGUGCAACUGUUUGUCUCUAUGUGCCCUGCAAUUGGCUGGCGACCAGUUCGGGGUGUACCCCGCCUCCUGCCCGUUGACAGCCGGGAUAGGCUCCAGCACUCCCCGCGACCCUCAUGAGGGUAAGCGGCAAAGAAAAUGGAUGGAUGGAUGGAUGACUGUUACUAAACAAGAUCCUCUCAUCUAAUCUACUCAUUUUAGUGAGGUAAUAAUGUAUAAUAGGACUAAAUAUACAGUAUUUAGGGUUAUGCUAAACAUACCCAAUGUAGGAGUAGUGAACAAGCAUGGCUGCCGUGCUGUUCUAAAAUCAGUAUAUUUUGACCAUCUUUUUAAAUGUUGAUAAUAUUUUGUCGACUUGAUAGCUGCAAAAUGACAAUUAUACUGUACCAUGAAGUCAAUUAAUCGGCGUUUUGGCGAUCUUGCUGAAAUCAACAGCAGUUUGGUCAGCGCCGAAAACUAAGAGCAGGACAUGAACCAUGUGGAGAUAUUUUCUUAAAAAUGAAUGGUACUUUUGGCCAUUAUUUUCCAGUUCUUGCUAUUGCAUAUUGUUCUCAUAACGUAUUAAUUAAUUGAUGAUCAAGAAGUAUUUACAAAACUGUUUUUGCCAAGUGCAGUGGACCCCAACAUUCUUUUGGGUGACCCUUUUUUGACAUCAAAUGUGCACAUUUGUUUGCUAUUCUGAGUCCAGCCCGUUGCCUAUCACCCACAAAUAGUGUGCUUAAAACAUCCCAUUUCUACUACUACUACUAUAGUGCAUUGCUUUACUGAUUGUAUAAGGCCUGCGAAAUUCUUUAAGCUAGACAGAAUCAAAGAAGAAGGGAUGGUUGUGCUGCAAUUUAAGCUUGCAACCUGCAGUGUGAACAAACAUUGUGUGAGAUCAAUGAAAAGAAACAUACAUUUAAAGCAGAACACACAAAUACAUGGGUGCAAAAGAAACUGAAAAAAAAAAAACCAAGGCAGCAUACAAAGCGUUUUUACCUUACUUUAUUCUCAUCUCCUUCCUUGGCUCUUCCAGCACGCUCUGAGUUUGGCUUGCAAUUCUGGUGUGCUCCUUAAAGUGUCGAUAUUAAUCUUAAGCGUCCAUAUGUUUGGUCUUAUCUAUAAUUGGAAUGCUUUACCUUCUCGUGCAUGAGUGUCUAUAUCAGUACUAUAUCAAUAAGUUGGACUUGGCGCUCUAUUUUGCCAUCAUGCCCUCAGAGACCGUGAAGGAUGAGUCGUGCGGGUGUUUGGGGAUCAUGAUGGUGAAAUAUGGUUGGAAUACAAUGUUAGAUAGACAAAACUCCUCUCUGGGGGCUAGCAACUCCUUUCUUUUUGGUUGACAAAAGCAUGGCUCCAGUACUUGUUUACAUAAUAUAUACCGUAUGUGUGUGUGAAUGAAUGAAAAUGCACUUUGCAUGCCUGACCUCCGAGUGCCACACUUGGCUGGCUCCGCGCUUGUGUUUGUUUGUUUGUUUGUUUGUUUGUUUGUUUGUUUUGACGGUCAAAGGGUCCAUCUUGCUUGAUACGGAGCAUGAUCUGACUUGUUGCUCCACAGCACAGCUGGUGGACGAGGAAUGUAAGGAAAGUGGCUUCAAUGAAUGCUUGCACGUCAUUUCGCUGAGUCGGAAGCACCAGAGAGCGGCUGAUGUGUUGUGGCAACUUGUCGGGUUGCCUAGCGACUAAACUUCAAGUCCCGGGAUCACAAAUAGAUGAUGUUUUAGUGCGGUGUUUGCAUGUGCAAUGAAAGAGUCUGCUCAAACCGCAGCAGCACAGAAUGUAACAAUUCAUUUGUCAUUUGUGUUGUGUUUAACCUAGAUAGCAAUAAUUUGUGGACAGGUCAUAUUUGUCGCACUGUGACCAACCUCACUAGAACUGAUUGUCUUUUUUUUUUUUUUUUUAACCCCGUCCAAUUAAUUUCUUACUAUUAUUAAUUUCUCAUAUCAUGCAGCAGCGUACUGUCCAUAUCUGCUGAUCAUUCACUUAUACAUGAAAUUAUCCACCGAGGUUCUGUUUUCAUUGACAGACUUGUCCCACUGGCUGGCCAUAACAUUAGACACACCAACGCAAUCUAGUCUUCUCGUUUUAAACUUUUACACUGGUUUUGUAAACCAGGGGUUGUGGGUUCGUAUCCCACUGGGGCCUCCACUCCCUGAGAAGGGUUGCGUCAGGAAGGGCAUCCGGCAUAAAAAUUGUGCCAAACAUAUAUAUGCGUUCAUCUGAGAUGACACGCUGUGGCGACCCCGAAAGGGACAAGCCGAAAGAAACACACACUUUUGAUUGAUACUGUGAGUUGUUAAGUCAAUCAAAAUAUUACAUCUCUUUGUAUUCAGACUCCCCCGCACUUACACUGGUACAGAGGCAUAAAAAGUUCUCUCAUGGAAUCUUUUAGGUUACUGCUACUAGUUUACGCCAGAACCAAAUACUUAACUCACAACUUUAUUUAUAGAACACUUUAACCACAAAUGCAGCUGUAAUAAAACUUAAAAAAACAUAAAUUACAAUAAUUCAAAUGUCUAGCGCUCCCUUUCAAUGGACCUUUCCGAUUGGCGAUAUUCAGCUCUGCCCCACUUAGCUACAGUUGCCAUGUCCCACAAACUUCCAAAAUGGCGAUUGAACAGAACAUGUUUGAAGUCGAUUCUGUAUCACGUAUUCCAGAUAAUAUUGCGGUAUGUUUUUUUUGCCAAGACUUGUCCAAGAGAAUUCUACAGAGAGGUCUCAACUAUUUCACGCAAGUAUAUGUACACUGAAUUAAGAUUUUGGUCGGAGCAGGACGCAAUGUCAGAGUUACAGUGAAACGUUGGCGAUCGAUUCAAAAAAGUUUGACGCUCCACAAACUUUAUAUUGAAAUCUAACAGGAUAAAAUAGUGGAAUUGUACUGCGCAUGUGAAGCAGGGUGAGUACUUUUUACUUGGAAAGAUCACGAGUAAUAUCAUUGUAGUCUUUAUAAGUGAGCGGGUGUAUUCAUUUGACUUGGCUCGUAAUGGAACCCAGUGCUCUGUCUUAAAAGUCUGAUGUGAUACAAAUGGGCAAAUAGACAUUUCUCUUGAAUGACAUGGCGCAUUUACGUAUCACUAACCCGACUCUUUGACAUAAAACAUGACACGCUUCACUCAGCAGGGCACUGAUACACUAACAAAGUGAAAGUUGUUCUCCUGCAACGGAUAAAGCACUGAUAAUAAUUGAAUCAAACUCAGGAGAAGAUAUUUCUCCCUCAUGUACCUUCGAACAUACAGCCUUGUGUUUGAUAUUGUUCACAUUUUGUUGUACGUGUGGUCUUCUGCGAGCCUUAAUCCAUCAUAGACACUUUGUCUACUGUGUUUUAGGCUUUGGAAAAUGAAUCAACCGGACCCCUUGUAACCUAGCCGGAUAUCUUUCAUCAGAAUUGCACGUUCCCCGAACGCAUCUGAGGACCAUUUUCUUCAUAACAUUAACUUUUCCAUGUGCACGCGACAGAUAACCAGCAUUGCUUGUGGGACAUGAUGACAAGAGGGGCGGGUCAAGCCAGGGGUUAAGACAAUGCAGGUAUCUGAUUGGCUAAUAUUGUACGAGUGACUGAUUGGUCGGAAAGGUCCAUUGGCAUGUCACAUACUUGAGCAGCAGCGCUUUAUUCCCUCUUCUUACACAUGUAUGAAAAUUAGUAUGUGAGAGAGAGGGGGAAGAAUGAGUUCUCCAAUUUUUACAUAAAAUAUGUUUUAAAGGGGAAAAAAAAGUGCACUUGGCCCCGGGAACGCAGUCAUUUUAGCUAGUAAUGUGAUUUACAUCAAAAUAAUUUUAGAAAUAGCAUCUUGUGAACGUAAUUAUUGCCGCAGCACAAAAGAAAACUGCUGUCGCAUUUAAACAGUCUCUCCCGAUGCCUCAUUUCUCAAGCAAGCGUACGAACAUUUACACGCAAGUAUCAAGUUCGACUUUGCGUGGUGUGGGGAUGUGCAUAAAUUCACACAGAGCUCUAACCAUGCGUACUCACGAAACCUUGCGAAAGAACAGUAAAACUACAAAUACAGCGCACUAAAAGGUUCGCCAAAGUCAACCUAUCAGUGGCACUUGUGGACAUUUUAGCCAGGGACUUGAGAUCUAUGCGGCAAUUUGCAACCGACAUUCGGUCGAAUUAUGACAGUGGUUUUCGAUGCAAUUAUUUUACCUGCCCUAAUUUACAUCCAGUUCACACACAUCACCAACGAGCCUAAAUUAAGGAAAGGGUUUGCCAAACGUUGUUGGAGGCAUAGAUUGCACCAACAUUUCAGUUAAAGCGCUGUCACCCAACAAAUUCAGAAGAACUUCAUGCAAUCAAUAUGAAAUAGUGUGCGAACCACAUCACUUGGUGUAAUGCACGAUUCCUUCGUUUGUUCUAUAGAAUAUCUCCGAAUGUGGAUCUCCAUGGGAGCUAUGUUUGAGGAUGGUUGGCUCUACGUAUGGUGCCUACGUGGCUGCAAUAAUGCUUGCACUUCGAAUAUCUUUAAUUGCUUGUCCUCCUCCAGUUAAUUAAACUGGGCCGUGACUGCUCUUUUUUUUUUUUUAAUCUAACAGGAUUAACGCCAGCAGUUAAAUUGUUGCACAUUUUAAAAACUUUUUUGGGAAACACCUGGAUUCCUUUUCUUUUUUCCAAUUCUCCAACAAGUUCCUCAAUAUUGAACUUAGAGAUAUUCUUUUUUGGGUAGCACGGUGGUCAGCUGGAAAGCGUUGGCCUCACAGUUCGGAGGUCCCGGGUUUGAUCCCAAACCCGCCUGUGUGGAGUUUGCAUGUUCUCCCCGUGUCUGCGUGGGUUUCCUCCAGGCACUCCAGUUUUCUCCCACAUCCCAAAAAGAUGCAACAUUAAUUGUACACUCUAAAUUGCCCUUAGGUGUGAUGGUGUUUGCGGCUGUUGUUUGUCUCCAUGUCCCCUGCGAUUGCCUGGCAACCAGUUCAGGGUGUACCCUGCCUCCUGCCCGUUGAAAGCUGGGAUAGGCUCCAGCAUGCCCCGUGACCCUUGUGAGGAUAAGCGGCAGAGAAAAUGGAUGCAUGGUGAUAUUGGUUUUGUCUACCCUUUUUGUCCAUCCAUGCAUUCUUACUGCUACUGUAUAUGGUCAGGGCAAAUGAGGCUAGACGUGCACGAGUCGGAACUGGCAGGAUGCAUCACCACACAAUGUUUAAUAGUGUGUGUGUGGGGGGGUUUGACAGUUGUCCAUAUGUUUGAUAAAUUUAAAAAAAAAUUGUACUUGCCUUCUAAUUUUCGCACUUUUUCAUACAUGAGGGUCAUUAGAUGGAGACAGCAAUUAAAAAAAAAAGUUUUACAGCAGUCAUUCAAACUGUUCACACUGUUGCAGUUGCAUGUCCACGUUGUCUUAAAAAAGUCAAACUAUGGACGUUGCACUUUUCUCUUGAGAAAAGUGCUGAGAUUUGUACAUUUUUAUGCAUGCAGUUAUAUUCAUGCUCAAUUUUGUAAUGUCCUUCUUGGUGUUUUGUUGCCUGGCAUCAAUUCAUCCACUAAAAAGUAAAGCGCUUUAAUUCAUUAGAACUGUACCUGAGUUCAAAUAUUAGAUGUACCGAAAUAAGCCUGGUCAUGGUGUUAUGGCUAGUCAGUUUAAACUAACAAAAUAUUCUGAUAAUUUCAAUAUACUUUCUUUAAACUACCUUUUAAUAAUAAUAAACCUAAAAUGGAUUUAGUUGUUCCAAUCAUUUUUCGUAUACAUUAUUAUAAAUGUGUAAAUAAGUGUCUAUAUGUAAUCUCUUGAUGCAGCUAAAAAGAACCAGAGUGCACCUCCAUUGUUAUUCUUUAUUGCUAUUCUCUGUAUUACUUUGUAACAGAAAGAAAGCGUGUCAGAGUUUUCAGAUCCAUAGAAACGCACAUCCUAUGGUCAGUAUUGUAAAGGGCAAAAAGUUGUUUUGUUAUUCAGUGACAGAAAAGCAAAAAAAAAAGAAUUGCUGCACGAAAAUGUUUAAUCAUUGAGCUUCUACAGUAUUUCCAUCUAACCUAUUGCGGUGCGUCAUGCUUUUAUGUCCACAGUGCUUCAAACGCGUGAUCAAACUGCUCUUCAGUGCGCAAACUGUGUGAACGGGCUAAGAAAAGGCUUUUUACA